AUGCUCUUUUUAUUGAGCUUGGUUUAUCUGAGUUCUGCUUUGAGACAGUGCUACAUAGAAGAUCUUUUUUAUGGUAGUUGUAUUAAAUAUUACGACAGAGAAAAUUCGACUGAUUGUGACCCCAAUUUGGUCAUUACAAUUGGUACGAAUAUAUGCGACUAUGGUUUCACCAACCACGACAUUUUCACGUCAGUUACAAUGGUAAAAGCCGUUUCAAUAGGUCAGAUGGCUUUUAGUGGAUGCGCCAAAUUAACUUCCGCGACAUUUGGACCUUCACUCAAUUCUUUAGGAAUGAAAGCUUUUUUUGGGACAAAACUGACUUCCUUCGACCUUCUAAAUGUUGUUAAAAUUUCGAAUUCUGUUUUUGAGUCUGUGGCGACUUUAUCAAGUGUUACUGGAGGACGUCAACUUGAAUAUGUUGGUGACAGGGCUUUCUUUUUUUGUCCCAUUAACGCGAUAUGUUUAGAUGAGAACGCCAUCAGUUAUUGUCCCAAGUUGACUUAUAUAGGAGACGAAGCCUUUUACCAAACUGGAUUGAGGACUUUCAAAUUGUCUCCACUUCACAAUUUAGUAUUGGGGACAUCAAUCUUUGAAUCCACACAAUAUUUGACCACUUUUGAUAUGAGUGGGCAGACCAUAAUAGCAGAUAAGAUGUUUCAGUCAAGUAGUAUCACAAAGCUUAUCGGCUCUGAAAAUGUGAAUUUCAUUGAAAGCGAAUCUUUUUUGAACGCAAUGGUGUUGACUCAACUGUCUGUGGGAGAACUCCUUUCACUUAAAGAUGGCUUGGAAUCCAUCACAACGAUAUUUUAUCAUGGACUCCAUGAACCAAUAGUACAAAGUGGCGUUUCCGUCUCGACAGACAAGAACGUUUUUGUGGGCGACAAUUACACAGCCUCGAAAUUUCUUGGGAUGCAACCAACAACAGUUUCGUGUACAAGAAAUCAAUACUUUGACAUUAAUACAAAGACAUGUAUGAAUUGUCAAACCGGGUAUUACAGUUAUGAUGGGGUGAAUAGCGAAUGUUUAAUAAAAGUUUCUAAUUGUAGUGCUUUUUCUGGAUGUGCAGAGAAUGAAUGUACCGAUUAUCAGUGUUUAAAAUGUGCCACUGGCAACUACUUUUCUGUUGAAUCUCGGAGUUGUGUAACUACCUGUGAUGAAGUCAAUGGGUACUUACUCUUACAAGACGGUAUUUCGUGUGUCAAAUGUUCUGAAAAUUGCAAUACGUGUUCUGAAUCAUUACAAGAUUUUCCAUCAAUAAAAUAUCCAUGCUUAACAUGUCAAGAUGGGUACUUAAAAACGAGUAAAGGGUCUUGUGUAUCAGAAUGUCCCACAUCAUCAAACCAAGGUUAUAUGAAUGGAACCACGUGUUAUUUAUGUAACGAAACAUACAAUGGUUGUCAAACAUGUGAUUUCACGGGUACUUGUACAAGUUGUGAACCGAACUGGAUUGAUACAGAUAAGUGUGUUGAAGGGUGUGGAAGUGGGUAUAGAGCAUUAGAUACAUUGAAAUGUGUGGCUUCAUGUGAUUCGACCAAAUAUUAUAUUGAUGAAGAAAAGCACAUUUGUUUUUUAAAACCAGUAAAUUGUUUGGAAUAUGAAAACAAUAUAUAUAGAGGAAUCACUAUAAACUGUAAAAAAUGCAACACGCCAUAUUACCUCACUUCAGAUACCAAAGCAUGUGUUAUUGAAUGUGACUCGUCUCAGUAUAUCAUAACAGAAACAAGUGAAAAUACCUUUGCCCAGUGUAAUAUAUGCACUGAUGGAAACUGCUCAACGUGUACUGAAACAAACAAAGAAGUAUGUACACAAUGUAAUACUGGGUAUUAUCUCCAAGACUUAUCUGGAAUUUUUUCGUGUGUAAAUACAUGUGACCCCGAUAGGUACACUUCAAAAAUCACAAGUGGAGUGCCUAUAUGUACUGAUUGUAUUGUAGAAAAUUGUGCAAAUUGUACAAUACAAACAUGCUAUGAAUGUGAUGUUGGGUAUUAUUUAUUGAAUAAUGUUUGUAAUUCAUGUGCUUCACUCUUUCCAAAUUGUCAAAUUUGUAGUUCAAAUUCGUGUAGUCAGUGUUCGGAGGGGUUUAAUUUUGAUUAUAUUUCAAACACAUGUAAACAUUCAUGCAACGAUCUUUCAUGUGAUAGUUGUCCAGAUGAUGCUGCUAUAUGUGAAAAGUGUUUGGAUCGUUACGGAUUUGUGAAUGGAGUUUGUGAGUAUUGUGGAAUUGAUUGUUUAGAAUGCAAUGAAAACAAAUGUUCAAAUUGUAGUAAUCGUUGUUACUUGGAUUUAGUAACGUCAACAUGCAUUUCUUGUGUCGCUUAUUGCAACAAAUGUACCAACACUACGUGGUGUGAUGAAUGUUAUUCGGAUCAAUAUAAUACGUAUAUUUAUAAUCCAUAUGAAAACAAAUGUGUUGUGUGUGGGUCGGGGUAUUUCAUGGAAGACUCUUUUUGUUUCAAUUGUGUACCAAAUUGCAUCACUUGUACUACAACAACAAAAUGUCAAAAAUGCGCGUCUGGGUAUUAUUUAUCCAACAUCACUCAGACUUGUAUUGCGUGUUCAGUGAAUUUGUGCUCCACGUGUAUAAAUGAUGUGUGUGACACAUGUGAACCAGGCUAUUAUUUAUUAAACAAUUUGUGUGAUCGUUGUAAUAUCAGAUUUGUUGAUUGUGAAAAUUGUACUAAGGAUCAGUGUAUAAAUUGUUCAUAUGGGUACGGAUUAAAUGUAAGAUCAGGUCUUUGUAAGCCAUGUUAUCAGAUGUUUGACAAGUGCUUAAAUUGUUUUAGCAAUGGGAGUUAUUGUUAUUCGUGUGUCGAAGGUUAUGAACCUUCAGAAGAUGGUCAAAGUUGUGUAAAAUGUCCUAAAAAUUGCUUAAGAUGUGAAAGAGGAAUUUGUACUGAGUGUGACACACAAAAUUCAGAACUGCAAACUGAUGGAACCUGCAAAAUGACAUGCAGUGAAGAAAAUUGUGCAUAUUGUUAUAAUUCGAAAUGUACGCGUUGUAAUGAAGGAUUUCAACUUGAAACACAAUCUGUAUGUACUCCUUGUUCUUCAAUUAAUGAAAAUUGCACAAUGUGUAUGGACAAUGAGUGUCGUUUAUGUAAAGAAGGGCAAUACCUUAGUGGUACAAAUUGUCUUGAAUGUCCAUCUAAUUGUAAAACAUGUAGUGAUUCACAAACGUGUACAACGUGUCCCAUUGGGUCUUCGAUAAUUAAUGGAACAUGUGGAACAUGUGAAGGUGCUGGUAAAUACAUUGAUAAUGACAACGCGUGUCAAAAUUGCAAAACAAACUGCUUAGAAUGCACUUCAGAAGAAAACUGCCAUUCAUGUGACAGUGCUUAUAUUUUGACUGCAUCUCAUAGUGAUUGUAUAACAUGUAACACAGAAAACUGUGCAACUUGUGUUGAUAAAAAAUGUGUUCAAUGUAACAGUGAAUAUUAUUUAAAUGGGGACCAAUGUACUUUAUGUCUCACUAAAUAUCCACACUGUAAAACGUGCAAUUCAAGCACUUGUUUAUCGUGUUCGUCCUCAUUUGUAUAUGACUAUGAACUUUCUACAUGUCAUGAAUGUGGCGAGAUAAACAAAAAUUGUUCAAAUUGUAUAGAUGGCAUAUGUGUGAAUUGUACCAGUGGUUUCCAUUUGACUAAUAAUUAUUGUUCUGCGUGUUCUGCGUUUGGUAAGUGUGCCAAAUGCAACGAAGCUUUUUGUGAAUUUUGUCAAACAGGGUACAAACUUAUUCAAGGAAAUUGUGUUGACCGUUGUAAUGAUGAAUUUUGUAUAACAUGUGAAGAAGACGUUUCCAAAUGUGAGCAAUGCAAAGACGGUUAUUACCUUCAGAACAACAAUUGCAGUUCAUGUCCACUCAAAUGCAACAAAUGCACAACCAGCGAUUCAUGCGAAGAGUGUGAAAUCGGUCAUUUCUAUUCUGCUGCACUCAAAUCGUGUGUUUUAUGUAGUGAUUUAUAUUAUUUAUGUGAAACAUGUGACGACACCAAAUGCACCAAAUGUCAAGAUGAAUAUAUACUCAACUCGAGUGCUUCAUGUGUUGAAUGUAGUACUUUCUAUCCAUAUUGUAAUAAUUGUACUAAUAAUAAGUGUGCACUUUGUGAAUCGGGAUAUGGUCUUUUCAAUAAUAAAUGUAACAGCUGUUCGUACAUAGAGAAUUGUAUUGAUUGCAAUGCAAUAGGUUGUACAUUGUGUGCAGAAAGUUACAAAUUAGAAAACGAACUUUGUAUUUUAAAUUGUACUGAUGAAAAUUGUGUUACGUGUAAUACGACUGACAUCUGCACAUCAUGUAAAGAAGGAUUUUCCGUUGUGAAUAAUUUGUGCUUUAAUUGUUCAGAGCACACCAGUGGCUGUUUGACUUGUAAUGAGACAAACUGUUUAUCAUGUAUUGAAGGAACCUUUUUAACUGAAUCAGAAAUAUGUGCGAAUUGUAUAACAAAUUGUUCUAUAUGUCAUAAUACAAAUGAAUGUGAUAAAUGCCGUAUGAAUUUAUUAUAUCAUCCCGACAUCAAAGAAUGUGGUGUAUGUCCUUCCGAUGGGUACACCGCAGUUGGAGAAACGUGUUACAAAUGCCCAAGUAAUUGUUCUGUGUGUUCAGAAGGAAUGUGUGAAGAGUGUAUGCCUGGAUACACACUAUUAGAUAGUGGUUGUGAAUUGUGUUCGAAUGUAUACACUGGAUGCUUAGAAUGUGUCAACAACAACUGUUUAGCAUGUGCUGAAAAGAAUUACUACGAUUCGACAACACGAGAAUGUGUAUCAUGUUCUUUAUUCUCAGAACAAUGCGAUGAGUGUGAUGAAGAUAAUUGUACCAAAUGCCAAGAUGGAUAUGGAGUUAAUGAAAGAGGUUGUAUACAAUGUGAAAGUAAUUGUGUUCAAUGUGAUAAUGGCGAGUGUCAAAUAUGCAAUGGGACAUACACUCCAUAUGAAAGUUCGUGUUAUGAUUGCUCUAAAUUUGAAUUAUGUGAACAGUGUAACAGCACAAACUGUAUAAUGUGUGUUAAUGGAGAAAGUCCAGUUGACUCAAAGUGUUAUAAUUGCUCAGGAUAUACAAAUUGUGCCAAUUGUGAUGCAACAAAGUGCAUUUCUUGUCAACAAAAUUAUUAUUUAGAAAACGAUAAUUGCAAACUGUGUUCGACUAAAUAUGAAGGAUGUUCACUUUGUGACUUAAAUACAUGUAAAGAGUGUGCAGAAGGAUAUUUCAUGACUGAAACUGGCAUAUGUAGUCAUUGUGUAACCAAUUGUGCGAAAUGUACAAACACAACAAAUUGUGAGACUUGUGCAGAAGGGUUUAUGGUUAUUGGAAAUGCAUGUGGAACGUGUGCAUCUUAUGGUGAAUGUUCUCAAUGUAAUUCCGAGCAAUGUGUAAUAUGUAAAAGUGGAUAUUUCAAUAACAACGGAUAUUGCUACAGAUGUGUCGAAAACUGUUUAGACUGUAUUAAUAACAACACAUGCACAAAAUGUUCUGCAGAUUUGAAGUUCAAAGAAGACGAGAAGAAUUGCACUGAAUGUCCUACAAACACAAAUUACUUUGUUGAUGAGAAGAACACGUGUAAAAAGUGCAAAUCUGAGUGUACAAAAUGUACAACACUUGAUAAAUGCAGUGAGUGCAUUACUGGGUACUUCGUUGACUCAACAAAUCACUGCAUUGAUUGUGUAACUAAAGGUUGUUUAACUUGUGAUGCGACAAAAUGUUUAAGUUGUGCAUUAGGAGAAGUUGUUGACUCACUUGGAAAGUGCUCAAUUUGUUCCGUUGCGACUAACAAUGCAAAUUGUGUUAAAUGUCACAACGAAGGAAGUUCGGUUGUAUGUGAUGCGUGCAAAGAUGGCUUUUUCAUGGAUGAUACAAAGACGAAAUGUAUAACAUGUGACCGAUGUGGAGAUUUGGGGUGUCAAAUAGCAACACAGAAAUGCUACAAUUGUGAGAACUCAACCGACAUUUUAAUUAACGGAAUUUGCAAAGAAAUGGGUACUUGUAAGACUCGAGGAGACAAUGGGAAGUGCGCCGAGUGUAUAAACAACUACAUAUUAGUAGGUAGCAAAUGUGUUCAAAUAACAACAGAAACAUCAAAUGUUGUUAUGUACAAUGGAAAGACGAUAUUAGCCAGUGAUGUGAAUUGUUCUGCAAUUGAUUCGACCAAGAAAGUGUGUACUUUGUGUGACGAGGACUAUUAUUUAAAUGAAGGGGUGUGUAUGCAAUGUACAGACAUUUACGACAGUUGUAUAUCCUGUGGGUAUAUGAAAAUAGAGAACUACAAACAGGUGAUAUGCAGUACAUGCAGUGUAGGCUAUUACCCCGAAAUUUACUGCAAGCAAUGUACUGACAUGAAUGGAUGCAAAAUGUGUGUUAACUAUUUGAACGAAAAUGAGACAUCAACAAAGAAUUGCACUAAAUGUCUUGACCUCUACGAAAUGGAAAAUGGAAGGUGCAAAUUACUUGAAAAUUGUAUAGAAGCCGUGAGUGGACGAUGCACUCUGUGUGAAAAGAAUUAUUUGGUCUCGAAUGGGAAGUGUGUGCCUUGUGGGGAAGUAGUCAUUGGGUGUAUUGAAUCAUCAAACGAGAAGUGCACAUCAUGUGACGAAAUGUAUUAUUUGGACUCCACUGGAUUGUGUCGAAUUUGUGAUUUGGAUAAUUGCAGAAAGUGUUCUCCUGAAGGCAGAUGUGCUGAAUGCAACACAAAUACAACAAUAAGUACAACAGCGCCAUAUUGUCGAUUGUGUUCAACUCUUAAUAAUUGUCAAUUGUGUAAUAACAAGGAAGUCCUCUCGUGUACAAUAUGUGAGUCAAAUUACUAUAUCAAAAACAAGAAGUGUACAUCUUGCACUUCAAUUUCAAAGUGUGAAGUGUGCAACUUGAUUGGACAAUGUACCAAAUGUGAAAAUGGGUAUUUCCCAAAGAACAGAAUGUGUGUUGUAUGCUCGACUCUUUCAAAUUGCGCAACUUGCAAACAGUCUGAAGGCGUCUGUUUAACUUGCUCAAGUGGGUAUUACAUAGAUAACUCGGUUUGUAAGUCAUGCUCUGAAAUAUACACAAAUUCACUUGAAUGCACUUUUGAGAAGGUUACAAAAUGUGAGGUCGGGUACUUCAUUAAAAACAACAGAUGCGCCUCGUGUUCUGCCAUUCCAUAUUGCACUGUGUGUACAGACGAAAACACAUGUACGUCAUGUAAAACACCAUACAAUUUGUUUAACAAUAGCACUUCUGGGAAGAUUGAAUGUUCUAAAAAUUGCGGAAUUAACAAAUGCAACACGUGUACUGUCGAUGGAGUAUGCUCAAACUGUGAUGCUCCUUACACAUUAGAUACAACUAAAAAUACAUGCGAGUUAUGUUGGAGCGUACAAAAUAAUUGUGCGAAGUGUUCGCAGACUUCAAAUGAGUGUCAACUUUGCGAAUCAGAUGAGUAUUAUUUGGACGCACAAAAUACAUGUAAGCCAUGUUCUGUUAUACCCCAUUGUAUAGUCUGCACUUCAGGUACUCAAUGUUACGAGUGUGACGAUGGCUAUGGUGUCGACACAAAUGGAAAUUGCAAAUUACUGACUUCUGGUGUGUUAUUGGACAACACUUUGAAACAAAGAAAAAAUAAAAAAUCACAGAAGAAAGGGUGUGACAGCAAAUCAAUAACCGUUGCAGGCGAGUGCGUUUCAAUUGGAAAUGACGAAUAUAAAAAGUCAGAGAGUGUAGCCAAAAAAUGUUCCAAAAAGUUCUUUGGGUGCUAUUCAUGUGAAUAUUCACCGGACGAUGGUACGUUCAACAGACAGCAAUUAAAGUGUACAAGAUGCCAAACUGGCAUGGCUUUUGAGUCUUCUGAGUACAUGAAAUGUGUCACCAUUAAAGUUGGUGAGAUGGUGGAUGAUAAGAAUAUCAAAGUCAAGUGUAUGGAAGGGUGCUCGAUGUGUACAACAUCGACCAACUGUAUCUACACGGAUGACUCUACUCACACUGCUCGAAACGAAAUACUUAACAAUUACUCAAACCACAAAUUCUGUCAAAAGUAUAUCAAUUAUAUUGGGUGUAGCGAGUGCUCAAAUACUAUAACAUCAACUGGUAUUUGCAAUAACAACGAUAGAAAUAAUGAAUGUUCCUUUAUGAAAGAGAACAAUGGUGAGUAUGAGUGUAUGGGGUAUAUAGAAGCUACAAAAACAACACAAAAUGUGAAAACUGCUGAUGUCAAUUGUCUGCAAACAGUCAGCGGCCGUUGCGUAAGAUGUUCUGAAGGCAACUACUUAUCAAAAGACUCGCCACCAAAGUGUCUGAGUUGCAUUGAAAAUUGUUCGAAUUGUACUGCAGCAAACGACUGCAAUUUGUGUAAAAGUGGAUAUGUGUGGAACAUCAAUAAGUGUGAAAGUGUCUUAAAUUGUGUUGAAAAAACCUUCAAAGGAUGUGCCAAAUGUGUCGAUUCCUAUUACUUAAAAGAAGGAAAAUGUUACAAAUUGACUGACAGUAAUUGCAAGUCUGCUCUUAUAACUACAACACAGAGCAUUGUGUGUAACUUGUGUAUUAACAAUUAUAUUUUAGACAAUGGAAAAUGCGUUGAAAAGUCCACAAAAAGUUGUUCAGUUGUUGAUCCAAAGACAUCGCAAUGCAGUGAAUGCUCUGUUGGAUUUAUGAUCGACAAAUCAAAGAGUUGUUCUAAGAUUUUAACUUCACUUUGUAGUUACUCUUCGCGAUAUGAGUGCUUGAAAUGCACUACACAAAAUCGACUUGGGAAGGUCAAAGGCGAUUCCGUGUGUGCAGCUUCUAUAUCAAAUUCGUUCUGUCUUGAAAAUACAAACACUGGAUGUUCCAAGUGUAAUGACGGCUUCUAUGUUCAUGGAAAAGAGUGUCGUCCGUGUGACACCAAAUGUGGUAAAUGCUCUUUAUCUGCAGACAAUUGUUUGACGUGUGCAUUUGGAUAUUACUAUGACUAUACUACAAGUGAUUGUCUGUAUGUCGGUGAACUUGCUGAGAAGUGUAAAACGUUCCUUCCGAGUGGUGUAGAUUGUGCUGCAUGUAAAGAUGGAUAUCUUCUAGUGAAUAUGGAUUGUGUGAAAUGUGAAGAAAAGUGUGGAAGUUGUGUGUCUACGAUAUCCAAUUGUGUGAAGUGUAAUGUCACAGGAGGGUACUUUGAAGACAUUGAAAUGUCAACUCCAGACGAGAAGAAGUGUAUUAUAAACACGAUAUUAGAACACUGUGUAGUGUCUUCCGAUUUUGGAUGUGGUACAUGUGAAGACAAGUAUUAUCCCAAUGAAUACAACAAAUGUACCAAAUGUGAAGAUACCUGUGCAACAUGUUCAAAUGGGAAGACGUGCACUGCGUGUGUAGAUCAAUAUGUCUUGAUAUCAAAAACGUCUCAAUGCACAAAAUGGGACUCAAUAACUAAUUGUAAGUCAUAUGAUACUCAAACACAUAAAUGUGCAGAGUGCAGUGGAAGCAACAAAGUUGGACCAAAUGGAGAUGAAUGCGUUCACAAGACUAAUGUACUUGCCAUAGUACUUCCAAUCAUAUUUGCUAUAAUACUUAUUGUAGUUAUCAUCAUAGCUAUUGGGUGUGUGCUAUUCUACAUUCAUUACAAGAAAGAAGAGAAGCUUCGUAACUCUUUAGUUAACGAAUUCUUAGUGAGUGACCUAAAGACUAAAGGCACUGAAUUUGUGUACCUUGGCGAUAACAAAGACCGCAUUAUGUGUUCAACAAAAGUUCUUAUAUUUGAAAAUGAAAUUCCAGUGCAAAAAGACAGUGAAAAGAAGUUCUAUGUUGGCAACGACAGAGCUUCGAUGUUAAAAUUCCAAUUCACAACACAAAAUGAUGAAGACAAAUAUGAAAGUGAGUGUAGCCCCUGA